AUAACUUGAAUUAAAGGAAAUUGAGGUUAUAUAAAAGAUUAUUAUUAUUUAUAAAUAAUAAGAAAUUGAUAAUGAUGAUGCGGUGGUAUCAACAAUUAUUCAAACAUGAUAAAUAUUUAAGAUUUUAUAUGCAAUUUAAUAAAAAAAAAUCUGUUAUUCAUUUAUGUUCUUCUAAUGAUACAAUUCACACUGUAUCUUGCAUCUAUAACAAACAUAAUUAUGAAAAUGGUAAAAUAGAGAUGCAAGAGAGAUUAAAGUUAAAUAAAUCCGAAUCGAAUAAAAGAAAUAAAAUAACAGAAUUUGCUAAAAUUGCAAAUAUUCAAUUAAAUCAAAAAACUACAUUUUCUAAAAAAUUAGUAGAUAAUUCUCCAUCUUUAAUACAACCAUAUUUAAGACUUAUAAGACUAGAUAAACCAAUAGGGUCUUGGUUAUUAUUUUGGCCCUGUGGUUGGAGUAUAGCUAUGGCAGCAACACCAGGUGCCCUACCAGAUUUUCAACUUUUAAGUCUUUUUGGAAUAGGGGCAUUUAUUAUGCGUGGAGCAGGAUGUAUUAUAAAUGAUAUGUGGGAUCAAGAUAUUGAUGGAAUGGUAGCCAGAACAAAAGAUAGACCAUUGGUUACUAGAGAAAUUUCACCUCUACAAUCAUUGAUUUUCCUUGGAAGCCAAUUAACUUUGGGAUUGCUUAUAUUAUUGCAAUUAAAUCUUUAUAGUAUUAUAUUGGGAGCAAGUUCACUAGUCUUAGUAAUAAUAUAUCCUGUUAUGAAAAGAAUAACAUAUUGGCCUCAAUUAAUUCUUGGGAUGACUUUUAAUUGGGGUGCACUUUUGGGUUGGUCUGCUGUGCAAGGAUCAUGUAAUUGGUCUGUAUGCUUGCCACUUUAUACUGCUGGAAUUUGUUGGACACUUUUAUAUGAUACUAUAUAUGCACAUCAGGAUAAAAUGGAUGAUGUUAUAAUAGGUAUAAAAUCAACAGCUUUAAAGUUUGGAGACAAAAGCAAAAUUUAUUUAUCUGGAUUUAGUACAGUCAUGAUAACAGGAUUAAUUGCAUCAGGUAUAUUAGCUGCACAGACUUGGCCAUAUUACACAGCAGUAGGAUUAGUUGGUACUCACCUUGUUAAUCAGAUAUAUAGUUUGAACAUCAACAAUCCUGCAGAUUGUGCCAAAAAAUUCAUCUCUAAUCACAGGAUAGGAAUGAUUCUUUUUACAGGAAUUAUUUUAGGAAAUCUUAUUAAAGUUUCUAAAAAAGAUACUGAUAUUGUACAAGAAUCAGAAAAGAAAUCUAUUCUCAUUAAACAAGAAUAAUGAUAGUUUCAUUAUAUUAUUAUAAAAAAUUAUUAAAUAUAUAUGUUAUAAUUAUAUAUAGGUAAAUUCUAUAUAUUAAACAUAGAAACACGAGAUAAAUAACUGGCUGGUUCCAGUAAAUUAAAGAAUUAGUUUUAAUUA